CUAAAAAGCUCCUAAAACCCCUUCGAACCAAAUUUCUAGGGUUUCAAAAAUAUUCUUUGCAAUGGAGAGUGCCUUCGCUAGCGCAUCCGCAAUCGGCGAUCAACGCCAAAAGAUCGAAGAAUACAAGCACAUUCUUUCUUCCGUCAUCGCUUCAAACGACAUCGUUCAAGCCAAAAACUUCAUUGAUCACAUUCUAUCGGAUGAUGUACCAUUGGUAGUAUCAAGGCAGUUGUUACAAACAGUAGCACAAGAAUUAGGAAGAUUAGAACCUGAAAAUCAAAAGGAAAUCGCUCAUUAUACUCUUCAUCAAAUUCAGCCUCGUGUCGUUUCCUUCGAAGAACAGGUUCUCGUUAUCCGAGAGAAGCUUGCAGAGCUGUAUGAGUCUGAACAGCUAUGGUCUAAAGCAGCACAAAUGCUAAGUGGCAUCGAUCUUGACUCUGGAAUGAGAGUAAUUGAUGAUAAGUUCAGGUUGGAAAAAUGUGUGCAAAUUGCGCGACUGUACCUUGAGGAUGAUGAUGCUGUGAAUGCAGAGGCUUUUAUUAACAAAGCCUCAUUUAUGGUUAGCAACAGUCCGCAUGAAGUAUUGAAUUUGCAAUACAAGGUCUGUUAUGCAAGGAUACUGGACUUGAAAAGAAAGUUCUUGGAAGCUGCACUUCGUUAUUACGAUAUUUCACAAAUUGAGAAGAGGCAAAUUGGAGACGAAGUGAUUGACGAAGAUGCAUUAGAGCAGGCUCUAUCUGCUGCUGUGACCUGCACAAUUUUGGCUGCUGCAGGGCCUCAGCGUUCUCGUGUUCUUGCAACUUUGUACAAAGAUGAACGCUGUUCAAGGUUAAAGAUCUAUCCAAUUUUACAAAAGGUGUACCUAGAGAGAAUCUUGAGGAAAGCUGAGAUAGAUGCAUUCUCAGAGGAACUGAAAGAACAUCAGAAAGCACUCUUACCUGACAACUUUACUGUGCUCGACCGUGCAAUGAUAGAACAUAAUCUCUUGAGUGCAAGCAAACUGUAUACAAACAUUAGCUUUGAUGAACUGGGCACACUGCUGGGAAUUGCACCUAACAAGGCAGAAAAGAUUGCGUCAAGAAUGAUUUGUGAAGAUAGAAUGAGGGGGUCAAUUGAUCAGGUAGAAGCAGUUAUACAUUUCGAGGAUGACAAUGAGGAACUCCAGCAAUGGGAUCAACAGAUUUUUGGGCUUUGUCAAGCUCUGAACGAUGUUCUUGACAGCAUGGCGAAGAAGGGGCUGGCAAUUCCUGUCUAAAAUAUGAAUGUUUGGAAUGGUUGUAAUUAUUUUGCUUUGAACUUUUAAAGGUUCAUGAUCAGUUUCCGUAUGUUCACAUCCAUAUACUUGGUCUGAAUCUAAUCGUUAGAUUUUGGUC